AUGGCCGGAACCCUAGCUGCUCCCACACUUCUCCAUUUCUCAGGCGACAAUCAGUUACUUCAUGCCGCCAAAUCGAUUUCUAGCUCGACAACCUCUCUGCCGCGCCGGAGAUUUUGUGCGACGGCGCUGCACGCUGUCGCCGAUCCGACGCCGGUGAUGGCGGAGUCCAGGAGGCCGGCGAGUCUGUACGAAGUGCUCGGUCUCAGCAAAAACGCGUCGUCGGUGGAAAUCAAGUCGGCGUAUCGGAGCUUGGCGAAGAUGCACCAUCCGGACUCGUCGGAAUCAACGGAUGGCGGAGAUUUUAUUAGGAUUCAUAAGGCGUACACGACGCUCUCUGAUCCGUCGGCGAGAGCGCUGUACGAUCUGUCGUUGCGGGCGGCGGCGAAGAUGAGAGAUAGGAGGCGAUUUGAAUACGCGGCGGCGCCGGCGAGUUAUCAGAAAGGAUAUUGUACGCCGAGACGAUGGGAAACAGAUCAGUGCUGGUAG